GUUUACUGAAAACUAAUGACCACAACAACAGCAAUGACAUCAGCAAAGAAAGACUCGUUUGAUCGCUUCGGCGAUGAUUUGUGUCAACUAUUGCUUCAAUAUCUGCCAAUCGAUGACAGACUAAGACUGGAAUCGGUGUCCAAACAGUGGUUGGCAUUGAUAUUCAAUACACAAACUGAUCUCGUAUUUGAUCGCAAACUAUUGAAAACAAUGUCUUUGAAUUCAUGGCAUUACUAUUAUCAGUCAAUUAAGUUGUUUGAAGUGAUUGUCUCAAAGUGUCCGAACAUUACCGCAGUUACCAUAAGUGAUGGUUCAAGACUACCCGGUUGUGUCCAUGCGAUAAAUAGUUUCAUGAAUUUAUUAAUAAUAAACUGUCACCGAUUAAGACACAUAUCUAUUAAACAUGAUUACUACUGUCAGUGGUCGGUCAUCGACCGUACGUUUGAACGAUUUUUUCGGAGAUUCGGCCGACAAUUGUUGACAUUCAAGUUUGAAGGCACUAAUCAUGAAUUUAAUAAACAAUUGUUUUACGAAGUGGUCGACGGUAUGCCUAACUUGAAAACCCUGGAUAUCACUUAUGAUAGCUAUGAAAGUACUGUCCAAUUAAAUGACAUCUUAAUCGAUAAUAUGUGUGAUUUGUUGCCGGAAUCGUUGCAAUCAUUGAACAUAAAACUGGCCGAAUCGUCGAUGACGUUGUUUGCAAAGUUUGCCUAUAUUUAUGGCAAACAAUUGACAUCAUUGAAGAUAAUGUUGGACCAGUCGACCGAUGAGGACAAUGACUACGACAAUAACGCCGAUAACUACGAUAACUACGACAAUAACGCCAAUGACUACAACAAUAACGCCGAUGAAGACGAUGACGAUGACUACGAUGAAGGGCCCAAUUGGAACAAAUGGGAUCUGAAGACAUUGUUGACUGGUUUUGAACAAAUUCCGCGAUUAAGACAACUCAGCUUUGAUUUGCCAUUUGAUUUUGACAUCAAUUUUAUCGGCGAUUUAUUUUCGACAAUUGGACGCAACUGUCGACAACUUAAAUCGUUAGACUAUAAGUCAGAUAUAAUAAAUCUAUUGACAAUUGAACGCAUGUUUAUAACAAUUAAUAAACAUAUGUCAAAACAAUUGAGACGAUUAUCAGUAAAAUGUUGGAAUUAUAUCAAAGUGGACACGGAUUUAGUACUGACCAGUAGUUUAUUAAAACGAUUGACAGGAUUAACACAUUUGACACUUGAGUUAAAAUCUUGUGAUAUAAUCGAUAAUCAGUUUUUCAAUGAUAUUCACCUAAAUCUUCCGCGACUACAGUCUAUACAUUGUAACGAUGUGGCCAUCAAUGAUGAGUCGAUCAUAACUAUGGGACAGUUGGCUAACCUGACGGAUGUUUAUAUCCGAUGCAAUCGAAACAAAUUUUUGACGACAAGUAAAUCAAUAAUUUCCCGACAUUUACUGAUCGGAUAUAUUCCCUUAAGAGCUUAA